CACGCGCGGGAUGGAGGAGAAAUACAGCAGCCACGCCCUCGCCGGCGGCGGGAGCCUCGGGCCGGUGGACGUGCCCAGCGCUCGAUUUACUAAAUAUAUUGUAUUGCUAUGUUUCACUAAGUUUCUAAAGGCUUUGGGACUUUUUGAAUCAUAUGAUCUCUUGAAAGUAGUUCACAUUGUACAGUUCAUCUUUAUAUUAAAACUUGGGUCUGCUUUUUUUAUGGUUUUGUUUCAAAAGCCAUUUUCCUCUGGGAAAACUAUUACAAAACACCAGUGGAUCAAAAUAUUUAAACAUGCUGUUGCUGGGUGUAUCAUUUCGCUUUUGUGGUUUUUUGGUCUCACUCUUUGUGGACCAUUAAGGACUUUGCUGCUCUUUGAACACAGUGAUAUUGUUGUCAUCUCACUACUAAAUGUUUUGUUCACUAGUUCUGGAGGAGGACCAGCAAAGACAAGAGGGGCUGCUUUUUUCAUCAUUGCUGUGAUCUGUUUAUUGUUUUUUGAUAAUGAUGAUCUUAUGGCUAAAAUUGCUGAACACCCGGAAGGACAUCAUGACAGUGCUCUGACACAUAUGCUUUACACAGUCAUCGCUUUCUUAGGUGUUGCAGACCACAAGGGUGGAGUAUUAUUGCUUGUGUUGGCCUUGUGUUGUAAAGUUGGUUUUCAUACGGCUUCCAGAAAGCUCUCUCUAGAUGUGGGUGGAGCCAAACGUCUUCAAGCCUUAUCCCAUCUUGUUUCUGUGCUUCUUUUGUGCCCGUGGGUCAUCAUCCUUUCUGUGACAACUGAGAGUAAAGUGGAAUCUUGGUCUUCUCUCAUCAUGCCUUUCACAACAGUUAUCUUUUUUGUUGUGGUCCUGGAUUUCUAUGUGGAUUCCAUCUGUUCAGCCAAAAUGGAAGUUUCCAAAAGUGCCCGCUAUGGAUCUUUUCUUAUUUGUAUUAGUGCUCUGCUUUUUGGAAAUUUUUGGACACAUCCAAUAACAGACCAACUUCGAGCUAUGAAUAAACCAGCACAUCAAGAGAGCACUGAACAUGUCCUUUCUGGAGGGGUGGUAGUGAGUGCUAUAUUCUUCAUUUUGUCUGCUAACAUCCUAGCUUCUCCUUCUAAGAGAGGACAGAAGGGUACCCUUGUUGGCUAUUCUCCUGAAGGAACUCCUCUAUAUAACUUCAUGGGUGAUGCUUUACAACAUAGUUCACAGUCAAUCCCUAGGUUUAUUAAAGAAUCACUGAAACAAAUACUUGAGGAGAGUGAUUCUAGACACAUCUUUUACUUCUUGUGCCUGAAUCUGGUUUUUACCUUUGUGGAAUUAUUCUAUGGAGUACUGACCAAUAGCCUAGGUCUAAUAUCAGAUGGAUUUCAUAUGCUCUUUGAUUGUUCUGCUUUAGUUAUGGGACUUUUUGCAGCCCUAAUGAGUAGGUGGAAAGCAACCCGUAUUUUCUCCUAUGGGUAUGGCAGAAUAGAAAUUCUCUCUGGUUUUAUUAAUGGACUUUUUCUGAUGGUAAUAGCUUUCUUUUUGUUUGUGGAAUCAGUGGCUAGAUUGAUAGAUCCUCCAGAAUUAGAUACAUACAUGUUAGCGCCUGUCUCAGUUGGAGGGCUGAUAGUAAACCUUAUUGGUGUCUGUGCCUUUAGCCAUGCUCAUGGCCAUGUCCAUGGAGCUUCUCAAGGAGGCUGUCACUCACACGAUCACAGCCAUUCACACCAUGGACACAGUCAUGGACACAAUCAUUCUCACAGUGAUCAUGGGCACAGUCACAGCCACGGACACUCCCAUGGAUCUUCAGGAGGAGGCAUGAAUGCUAACAUGAGAGGUGUGUUUUUACACAUUUUGGCAGACACACUUGGCAGUAUUGGUGUAAUUGUAUCCACAAUUCUUAUAGAACAAUUUGGAUGGUUCUUUGCUGAUCCUCUCUGCUCUCUUUUUAUUGCUGUAUUAAUUUUUCUCAGUGUUAUUCCACUGAUUAAAGAUGCCUGCCAAGUGCUACUUCUAAGGCUGCCACCAGAGAAUGAAAAAGAAAUAAACGUUGCAUUAGAAAAGAUUCAGAAAAUUGAAGGUUUAAUAUCCUACAGAGACCCUCAUUUUUGGCGUCAUUCUGCCAGUGUUGUUGCUGGUACGAUUCACAUACAGGUGAUGUCAGAUGUACUAGAACAGCGGAUUGUACAACAGGUUACAGGGGUACUUAAAGAUGCUGGAGUGAACAAUUUGACAGUUCAGGUGGAAAAAGAGGCAUACUUUCAACACAUGUCUGGCCUAAGUACAGGAUUUCAUGACGUGCUUGCUAUGACAAAACAGAUGGAAUCCAUGAAGUACUACAAAGAUGGCACUUACAUCAUGUGACAUGAAAUGUGAUUUACCUGUUGGCUAUGAAUAAUGAAGAUGAAAUGACUCACUAGUGGUCAUAUUGAGGGGAGAUGCACAUAAAUGUACAGAAACAGAAUACUGUAUUUGAAUUUUUUAAAGCUCAGUCCUACUGGAUCAAGAUGUUUUUCUAAAGGAAUUUUUGAAAUGGACUGAUUAUAUAUGUGAAACAUUGAUUGUAUAUGUGAAUAAUGACAAUUUGAAUUGCUAUACUUUGUGUUUAUUAAAAAGAAAUCUUACUGUGUGUGUCAGUACAACGUAUCAUAUAUUCUUGGGGAUGUACAAAUUUUUCACAUUCAAGUAAAGGAAAAUAGAAAUGAUGCAUUGUAGUAAGAAGGUGGAAAUUGUUCCACUGUGCUUAUUUUUCUGUCAUAUUCUCCUUUUGUAAAUAUAUAUUCACACAUUUAUUACAAGGAUUCAAAUGAAAGUUUGAACUUUGACUUGGAAUUUUUUUUUUCAAAGUCUAAGCAAAACAAAAUAGGAAUUUGAGUUCCAUAUUUGAGUUUUCUGUACAUAAGAUAUUUCUAAAUGUACUUUUGAUUACAUCCAGCAAA